AUGGAAGCCUUGUGGAAGUUAGAGGAUAAACUUAAUCUAACAACAAAAGACGCAGUCGUGAUCUUGGUCGGAACAGCGACUGCAGUAACACUCCUCUGCACAGCCGCAGCGUUUCUCAACCGCAACUCUCGAGGAAAGCAAGUGGCAGACGCUGAGUGGGCGUUUGUUGAGUCAACAACAAUGGAUGAAAAGAGGAGUUGUAAGUGGAGUAAAGUGAAGAGGAGACUGAUGGGUUCGUUUUGUUGGAGCUCUGCAGGGAAGUGGAUGGAGAUGGAAACACGGCCUAGGCCACGGCCUAGGCCACGGCCAUUGCUUGCGGUUAAAGAAAGGAGUCUUAAUGCGGUUGAUCCGGUUUGGCAGAGGCCUAUUCUGAUGGGUGAGAAAUGUGAACUCCCUCGGUUUAGUGGUUUAAUAUUGUAUGAUGAACGUGGUGAUCCGAUUCAGCAUUCUCCAUCUCAAGAAGAAGUAAAACAGAUUCCUCUGGUAAGAACAACUUUGAGAGAUUUGCUUUGA